UCCGCAUCUCCCUGUUACCACCAUUGUUAGGGUUUUUGCUUAUCUCCAAAACCCCAAAAUGAAGCAACUCAAAUUCCCAAAUCCGCCAAACCAAAACCCAUCACCACAAUCACAGCAGAGUCUACAACAAGAAGACCCCAAAAGCAGUAACAAAGUUCCACAAAAGACUAAGCUUCCGACACCCAAAGAGCUGAUAGCACACUAUGAAUCACAAGGCAUGGGGUCCCAAGAGGCCUCCAUGAAGGUCAUAGAUGACCUCCAGAAUGUCCUUUACAGGGUUAUCUCCUCCAACAACGUCAACUCCAAGAAGGGCAAGGUCAUGGUUGAGACUUCAAGGAAGAUUGAUGUGAUCAAUAACAGGGUUGCCAUUGUUGAUGCUAAGCUGGAUUCCAAGCCUGGGUAUGUGGAGACCUUAGCUAUUGGGCUUGCCUCUGGAGCUGCUCUUCAGGGGAUUGGGAGUGUGCUGCCUCAUGUUGUUCAGGGUCUUGGCCAGAUUUGGACUGCUGUUAGGAGCGUUACUGAUAAGCCUACUUCUUCUUGAAUGUAUUUUCCAUUAAGUGUUGUCAUUGAAAAUAAAUGCUUAGGCUUCUUCUUCUUUUUUCGUUUUUGAACUCAAUUUGUUUACUGGACUACUGAUAUGCCAAGAUGAUAAUUAUGUGGGUGUACAGCCUUUGUUUGUGAAAGAAAUUUGAAGAACAAUUAGGAGAAGGCACUGUUUUUCUGACUCCCUUUUUAAGACUGUAUUAGAUGAUGUUUUCAUAUGCUUGGACCA